GUCUUAUAUCUUUUUUAAUUAAAUAUGAAAUUAAAAAAAUUGCUUAAAGCCUUUAGUGUUCUUCUUGUUUGUACAGAUGUAAUGUAAUUUUGACUAGCCAAGUGGCGUUGUUGCGAACAGACCGUGCCAGUGCCUCUAUAUUAAAAGGAUGACGAUGGCUGCUGAGCUAUUGCCACAGACAGUAGAUUCCGUUAAACCAUUGGAGAUUCUGUGUGCUGAGAAGCCAGCGUUUGUGUGUGCUCCAAUGGUUCGCUAUUCCAAGCUCGCAUUCCGCAAUCUUGUCAGGAUUUAUGGCUGUGAUAUUGCAUUUUCACCGAUGAUCAUGUCAGAUUCAUUCGUUAAAUCUCAGAAAGCAAGAGACAGCGAAUUUACGACGAACGCAGCCGACAAGCCGCUGAUUGUACAAUUCGCUGCCAACAACGCUGCCGACUUCGCCUGCGCUGCUGAACUAGUGGCCAAGUGGUGUCAGGGCGUGGACCUCAACUGCGGCUGUCCCCAGCGCUGGGCGCAGCAGGAGGGCAUCGGCGCCUGCCUCAUCAACAAGCCGCAGCUGGUGUUCGACGUCGUCAGACAGACCCGGAACCGCAUCGCCGACACCGACUUCACCGUCUCGGUCAAGAUACGCGUCCACAAGGAUAUCAGGGAGACGGUGGAGCUGUGUCGGCGCUCAGAGGCGGCCGGCGUGUCGUUCAUCUCGGUGCACGGCCGCACCAUCACCCAGCGCCGCGAGCCAGUCGACCGGGAGGCCAUCGCCGCGGUGGCCGCCGCUGUUCGGGUGCCCGUCAUCGCUAACGGAGACGUGCGGACGCUGCAGGACGCGCUAAGCACGGCCGAGAGUACCGGCGCCAAAGGCGUGAUGGCCGCCCAGGGUCUCCUGAACAACCCGGCGCUAUUCAGCGGGGCAGAAUUCACGCCGCUGAGCUGUGUGCGCGACUGGCUGCGACUGGCCACCGACACGGGCACGCCGUUCACCUGCACGCACCACCACCUCAUCUACAUGCUGGAGCGCCAGCUACCGCGCAGUCUGCGGCGCACCUUCAACGUCCUGCCCAGCCACGCAGCCGUGCUGGAGUUCCUGAGAGAUCAGCUGGGGCUGGACGUAUGACCAGGCGAUAAUGGGGAGUGGGGGAGGGACGGGUGGGGCUUUAUACACGAUUGAUAUUGCUGUUGACAAGACAAACCGGUAUUAUACUGUUUCUUAUUGUGUGAUAAUAUAUCGUUUUGUAACAUAA